AUGUUAGAACUGGGAAACAACGAACGUCAUACGUCUUCUCCGGCGACGCAAACCGAAGAGAAUAUCCUGCUUGACUCCAAAGACCCAGACCAUCCUCGCAACUGGUCAACUGUUGCUAAGAUGUCAUUUUGCACUAUUGUGUGUGCGGCCGUGUUUGGGGUUUCCUUCGCAUCUAGUAUUCUCGGUCCAGCUGCCUCCAUCAUUGCACACCAGUACCAUGUAUCCGAGAUUAUCAUGCAACUAGGCGUCUCACUCUUUGUUGCUGGAUUUGCUGCUGGCCCCCUUGUAUGGGGUCCUUUUGCAGAAGCCUUUGGCAAUAGAAUAACGCUUAUCAUUGGGGUCAUACUUUGCGGAAUUUGGCAAAUUCCAUUAGGGGUGGCAAACAACGUCCCAACAAUCCUUGUCUCUCGAUUUCUCGCCGGUUCUUUCGGAAGUUCGAUAACUACAGUUGGCUCUGGAAUCUUGGCGGACCUUUACGACCCCAUUCCCCGAGGGACAGUCCUGGCUUUCGCGGCAGUUUCUAUCAACCUCGGAAGUUCUUUCGCUCCGAUCGUAGCCAGCUAUUUAACGAUCAAACACAGCUGGAGAUGGCUUGCCUGGAUUCCCUUGAUAUAUUUUGGCUGCCUAGCUCUGAUUGUUCUACUAUUCUUGCGAGAGUCGGAUCCUUCCCGAAUCUUGGCCGCUCGACGGAAAGGGGGCAGGCAGGAUAGUAGCAGCGAUGAUGAAGAGCACUCAACCACCAACCCGAGAUCCCCAGUCGGCCAAUCACACGAGCUACUAGUCAAAUACCUUAAGAAGCCUAUACUGCUGUUCGUACAGGAGCCCAUCCUCAUAAUUCUCACUAUCUACAUGGCGUUUGUGUAUGGGCUGCUCUACCUCUCCUAUCAACUAUUCCCAAUCGCAUUCCGAACUCGUGGUUGGUCAACCCCGACAGCCACUCUACCCUUCAUAUCCGUGGCCGUUGGGCUAUUCAGUUCUGUUGCUGUCAUCGCCAUCUUCAUGAAUACUUGGUACAAGCGAAAAUGGCUGGAGAGCGGCCAAAUUUCCACUCCCGAGGACUGUCUGCCACCGAUGAUUCUUGGCUCCAUGGUUUUACCCCCGGCAAUAUUCUGGUUUGGCUGGACCCUUGAUUCACAUCCCAUCUCACAACUUCUUGCGGCCGGGUUCAUAGGUCUGGGUCUUCAGCUAGUGUUCACUGUGGGUGUGGUAUACAUUGUCAACGUCUACCGGGCCCAUGUGGUGUCCGCAUUUGCCAUUCACAUCACCGUUCGAAGUUUGGUAGCAUCGACGUUUCCGAUAUGGACUCAAUCCAUGUAUCUUGGGCUCGGAUUCAGGAAUAUGACAAAUGUUCUAGGCGCAUUCGCGGCCCUGAUGCUGCCAUUUCCAUUACUAUUUUUCUUCUGCGGUCCUCGUAUAAGGAGCUGGAGUCGGUAUUCGGAAAGCUGA